AAACCAUUUUGGCUUCUCAAAACCCCACUCAUCAUCCAUAUCACAAAAAACUAUUUUGGCUUCUGCCUUUCCUUUUCCAGGGAGCUCAUUGACAAUGGCUGAAACAAAGUGGGUCAUGAAGGACAAAAGAUGGUCUCUCCAUGGAAUGACAGCUCUAGUCACAGGAGGCACCCGAGGCAUAGGGCAUGCCAUUGUUGAAGAGUUAGCUGAGUUUGGAGCAACUGUUCAUAUAUGUGCACGUAAUCAAGAUGAUAUUGAUAAAUGUUUAGAAGAGUGGAAAAACAAGGGACUUAAUGUGACUGGUUCAGUAUGUGAUUUACUAUGUUCUGACCAACGUAAAAGAUUAAUGGAAAUUGUUGGCUCCAUCUUUCAUGGAAAGCUCAAUAUUCUAGUGAACAAUGCUGCUACAAAUAUAACAAAGAAGAUAACAGAUUACACAGCAGAGGAUAUAUCAGCCAUAAUGGGCACCAAUUUUGAGUCCGUUUACCAUUUGUGUCAAGUUGCACACCCACUUCUAAAAGAUUCUGGGAAUGGGAGCAUAGUAUUUAUUUCUUCCGUAGCAGGUUUAAAAGCUCUUCCUGUGUUCUCUGUUUAUGCAGCCUCUAAAGGAGCCAUGAAUCAAUUCACCAAAAACUUGGCAUUGGAAUGGGCAAAGGAUAAUAUUCGUGCAAAUGCUGUUGCCCCUGGACCUGUUAAGACUAAACUUUUGGAGUGUAUCGUGAAUUCUUCGGAAGGGAAUGAGUCUAUAAAUGGAGUAGUGUCUCAAACAUUUGUUGGUCGCAUGGGAGAAACUAAAGAGAUAUCAGCAUUAGUUGCUUUUCUUUGCCUUCCGGCUGCAUCAUACAUCACUGGACAGGUUAUAUGUGUAGAUGGGGGUUUCACAACUUAGAUUGUUGUUAAUGAUUUUGUUGCUGAAUUAAAUCUUGUGUUUCGUGUUCCUCCAAACGACUCAUGCUUAUGUCGUUGGUUAGGUUUAUCUCCUGUUCUUAAACAUAACCAUGUGUUCUUGUUUAGUUUCGUGUGUCUUUCUCUCAGAAUUCAACAAGGCAGAACAAUUGUUAAUUGCCUGCUCCCCAUGACUCCAUGUUAUCUUAUUUGUUCUUAGAUGAAACAUAACUUCAAUUCCUCGUACAAUUUUUAGUAAACAUUUGUUGUCAACAUUCUAUCAA